UGGACUGAAGGAGGAAUUAGUAUAAAGAGUUGGGGAAUAUCCCCAAGGAGCAGAUUUCUGGGGAGAGUCUCUGCUGAGAAUGUUCCAGGGGGAACAGAAAAAGAUCCGGACAGGAAGGAAUUCUUAUCCAGACACAGGAACUAGUCUGAGAAAGAGAAGCAGAACCUCAGAGAUCUCCAAGAUGAAGAAGAUCAGAGAAGACAGAAGUGAAAACAUUCAGGCCAACCUCAGCCAAACCCAAACUCACAAAGAAUUUUGCAAAACCUCCAGUAAUGAUUGGCCUCCGAUGCCUCCAGAGUUUGGUGCUGAUGGGAAAUCUCCUGCUCUGAGAACACAAAGGUUACAAGAUACUGAUUUCAGAAUAUCAUUUGACUGCAAAGAGUGUGGAGAAAGCUUCGGGCAGCAGUCUAAGCUUGAAGCGCAUUUUCUGUGCCACACAGGUGAGAAGCCAUUUGUCUGUGUUCAUUGUGGGAAAGGUUUCAAGAAUAAAUACAAACUUAAUCUCCAUCUAAGGAUUCACACAGGAGAGAAGCUUUCUGUCUGUCCUCAUUGUGGGAAAAGCUACAGAGAUAAGACUAAACUCAUUGUUCAUCUAAGGAUUCACACAGGAGAGAAACCAUUUGUCUGCACUGAGUGUGGGAAAGGCUUCAGGGAUUCGAGCUCUCUGAAAUCUCAUCUACGGAUUCACACAGGAGAGAAACCAUUUGUCUGCACUGAGUGUGGGAAAGGCUUCAGGAAAAACCAUGAACUCAAAUUGCACCUUCAUAUUCACACCGGAGUGAACCCAUUUGUCUGCACUGAGUGUGGGAAAUGUUUCAGGGAUAAAAGUGAACUGAACAUUCAUAUUAACGUACACACAGGAAAGACUUUCCCCUGUACGGAGUGUGGCAAAUCCUUUGCAGCAAAGAAGAAUCUGAAAAGGCACCAAAUGGUUCACACUGGGGAGAAACCACACGAGUGCACAGAGUGUGGGAAACGAUUCAUGGAGAAAAGUAAACUGAACAUACAUUAUCGGAGUCAUUCGGGAGUGAAACCAUUCAGCUGCUGUGAGUGUGGAGAACAGUUUGGAUGGAAACACCAGCUCAAGUAUCACCAACUGAGUCACACCGGGGAGAGGCCAUUUGUCUGUACUGAGUGUGGGAAGAACUUCAAAACAAAGGCUGCACUCACUCUGCACUGUUAUGUUCACACAGGGGAGAAACCAUUAGUGUGCCCUGAGUGUGGGAAAGGCUGUAGGGACCAGACGAGCCUCAAUAGUCAUGUUCGGAAACACACGGGAGAAAAACCUUUUGUGUGUGCCGAGUGUGGGAAGAGUUACAAGGACUCCAGUACCCUGAGGCACCAUCUUCAGACUCACAUUAGAUGAGAGUAUCUUGCUCAUUCAGAGUGAGGGGAAAGCUACAAUCAGAGAGAUAUCUCAGUGUUCCCAUUCAGACUCACAGAGAAGAGAGUUACCGUGAUCCAGAACUACAAAUCCACUGAAGUCUGAAGACUUUCUGAAAAGGGUUUGUGUGGGGCUUAUGUUUUAUUUUAACCUUUCCUAUGUUAUGAGGGAGGGGGGAAUUUACUCACAAACUGGGGAUAUCCUUGUAACCCCACCUGUAAGGUGCCCUGCAAAUCCCUUUGUACCCUCUGAGGCAUCUUUCACACAAAUUGGUAGAACCAACAUCUCCCAAGGUUCCCACUGGCGCAUGAGGGGUCAGGGGGGAAAUCUGGGAUCUGCCCUGUGUAACCAACAGAUACAAACGUGGCGCAAGUGGGGAAUCCUGGUACCUACCACUCAGUAGCCUGUAGGUGCCACCUGAGGAAGGGAUUGGGUUACAAACCUCCCCAAAAUGUUGUGUGUGGCUGUGAAUAUGGUGUCUCCACAGAAUAAACCCUGAGUUUUUAUUGCAA